CGGAUAGAUACAGCUUGGCCCUAGUUCGAGUUUCUGAUUUGUGACCUAAGGCUAAGCCCGCAAACCUUCUGGUCGUUUGUUUAAAGUACUUGAAAAUGCUUCGGUCACAUUCAUUGGGGGCGCUGCGUGGCCCAGUUGCAGGGGGCCGAAAGCCUGCUCCGUUUCGGGCCGCAAUGCAGCCAAGCUCGGGCAGCAGCAACCCACAGAAGUCCUCUAAUAUGCAGCAGCAGCAGCAACAACAACAACCGACGUCGGCACUGUACUCGAUGAGUAUGCUCGACCCGGCGCAUCGGCGGGACCCCGUGGAAAAGUCGGAACCGUUCACAAAGCUGCGGAUGUUCCUGGACUCGGCGAGCAUUACCAACUGGGAGCUAUGGAUGAGCACGCGUCUGUUCUAUGGCAUCACCACUAACCCUGCCAUCCUAGAGAAGGACGGCCAGCGCUGCACGCUAUCCAACCUGCAACGGCUGUGCCACAUAGGCGAGGAGCUAGGAGUCAAGGAGAUGCAGUUCCAGGCGUGGGGAGACAGCGCUCAGUCCAUGGUGUCGGUGGCUCUGGACCUGUUUGGGAUGAACCCCGAACUAGUGGUGGUGAAGCUGCCGUGCACGCUGGAGGGCUUCCAGGCGGCGGCGCUGCUGCGGGAGAGCUCCGUGCGCAUCACCUUGACAGGCAUCUACACGGCGUCCCAGGUGCUGCUGGCUCAGUCGGUGGGGGCCGAGUAUGCAGCGCCGUACCUGGGCCGCAUGAACGACGCGUACGGCAACAACAAGGGCUUCAAGGAGGUGGUUGAGAUGCAGCGCAUCCUGCACGCCCAGAAGGCCCGCACACGGCUGCUGGUGGCGUCGGUGCGUGAGCCGUCGGCCAUGGCCAGCCUGGCCGCAGAGGGCUGUGACACCUUCACCAUCUCGCCCGCCGUUGCCGGCAAGCUGUUUGCGGUGAGCUACACACUGGAUGCUGUUGAGGCCUUCGAGGCGUCCGCGCGCCGCAUGGGAGCGUACGACCAGGACGAGGGCGCAACCACCUCCACAUUGUUCCACCGCCACGGCAACAACCACUGAGCCCGUCUGGGACCCGAGCGGGCGCUGAGCGGCAGGGAGCGCCGCAGCGGCACUGCGGCUGCACCCCACGGCGCCAAGACCUGGGGCACGGGGCCGCCUGCACGUGCCGUGUUGUUAUUGUUGAUCAUGGAGGGGGGCUGGGCCCGAUCGUGCUGGCGCCAGGGGUGUCGCCGGCUCGGAUUAUGUCUUGUGUGAGAUUGCAACAGGAAGUGUGUGGCGACGUGUGCCUGCUGUUUGGGCCUUGGCAGUAUGUGCGGCUGGCGACGCGCACAAGGUUUCAUUCAUUGACAACGCGUUCACUCGCAUGCGCUCCAGUGGGCAGGCGUGCUGAGCUGGCAGGCAGGUACCCAGUUUGAGCUUUGAUCGCUUGUGUGGAACACAAGGGUUUCUGUGCUCUGACUCUGGAGAUUCUCGCGUGACGAGAUCAGCGGAGUUGCUCCGCAUCUGGCCAGGUAAGGCGCACUGGUGGGGGGACGGCCCCCGCCACGCAUCCAGCACCGCCUGCAUGCCAGUGCUCUUCCGCAGGCUCACACUCUUACGUUUGAUUGUACUCUGAUGCUCGCCAAAGCACUUCAUAUACUCGCACAAUAGCAUUUCGUUUACGGUGUUAGCGUUCUCCUUUCCGUUGAUCUCUCUAAAUUGAGCGAGGAGCGUUCUGGUGAUAGUCAAGGUGUACGUGCCGUUGCGGGCUGCCAGGAGGCAGAUGGUGGAUUGCAUCUUUGCAUCACUGCAUUGUGUGAGUGGCUGAGUGCGUGAAUGCCGAGUGUAGAGAGUUGUAGCGCCGAACCAGCAGGUUAGCGUGUUUGCCCUCUCACCCUCUGUACAAGUAACAGCUCUGCUUCCAAACUGCCCAUGGAGUGGGUGGAGCGAUGGGCGUAGCUGGCGGGUCGUGUGUCAACGGGCCGUCGGGCCCUGUAGAGCCGUGUGGGGUGUACCUGACAUAACUAACGUAAGGCCGUGUAAGAUGCGGCGGUG